UGGCUAAGCGGAGACCUUUGGAGAAACUGCCUGUUCUGGCUCAUACAGGCUGUAACAUAUAAAAGCUGUUAGCAGCUCCUGUGGCCAGAAGCUUCAAAACCGGCAGAGUUUUGUUCUUUGGGGGGUUGUAAUAAGAGACACCCCUUCACAAAGGUUCAUAUCAUCAUAUAGGAGAGUGCUAUAUAUACUGGGAGAACAAUAGACUGUAUUCUUUUUUUUCUUGGUAUUAUCCAGAGAUCUGUUUUCUACUGCCCUGACUUAAAGCAGAGUACCUCUGUGGCCUAUCUUUCUCCUUUGGCCCCAAAAUGACAGUAAUCGCUGCAAUCAGUUGUGCUUUAUUAUUUUCCAUUCUCUGUGAAACAAGUGCAUUAGUGUUGCCCAACUCCACUGACCUACUCCUGUCAGACAAUAAUUUCACUGACAUUGAGACAGCUUUGGCAGCUCAUCUGGACUCUGCAAAAAUCCCCAAAGCCAGGCGGAAGCGCUACAUUUCGCAGAAUGACAUGAUUGCCAUUCUUGAUUAUCAUAAUCAAGUCAGAGGCAAAGUCUUCCCACCUGCCUCCAACAUGGAAUAUAUGGUUUGGGAUGAAACUCUUGCCAAAUCUGCAGAGGCUUGGGCUGCUACAUGCAUUUGGGACCAUGGACCUUCCUACUUACUGAGGUUCUUGGGCCAGAACCUGUCUGUAAGAACUGGAAGGUAUCGAUCUAUUCUCCAGCUGGUAAAGCCAUGGUAUGAUGAGGUGAAGGAUUAUGCUUUCCCUUAUCCUCAGGAGUGCAACCCAAGGUGCCCCAUGCGAUGUUAUGGACCCAUGUGCACCCAUUACACACAGAUGGUUUGGGCCACUUCCAAUCGUAUAGGCUGCGCAAUCCACACAUGCCACAAUAUGAACGUCUGGGGAUCUGUUUGGCGACGAGCUGUUUACUUGGUAUGCAACUAUGCCCCAAAGGGGAAUUGGAUUGGAGAAGCACCAUAUAAAGUAGGAGUCCCAUGUUCUGCUUGUCCUCCAAGCUAUGGAGGUUCUUGUACCGACAAUCUUUGUUUCCCAGGAGUAACAUCAAACUACUUAUACUGGUUUAAAUAAGUUAAGGUUUACAUUAUUUUUUUUUAAAAAGUGGAUGAGCAACAAGAAGCUUGUAUAUUGAAUUUUGCACAUAUUAUAUAUAGAGAGAUAUUGUAAUAAUACUCUGAUGUUUUCUUUUUGUAUGCUUUUGUAUAGUUAGCUUCCAAAGUAUAGUAUAAUUUGGUUUUAACACUUUCGGAUUUAAGACUCACAUUAACCCUUUUAGAUUAACAUUUUUUUAAUGGAGAGUAAGCUAAUUUUCAGCUUAGCAAGUGUAGCUUCCUGAAGAUUAGGUUCUGUUAAAAACACAUUAAAAGAUAC